AUGAAAGUAUGGAAACAAUGGAAAGGUCUUUUGAGGCCAUCCGAGGGAGCCUCUAGUGAAAUGGGAAUAAUCUGGAACCCUUCGAAUGUUCAAAUCACUCUCCUUGGUGAAGAUAAAUAUUGGCAGCAUUGUCUAGUCACUAGUUUAUGCAAAAAUGAGAGUUUCAAUCUCUUUAAUGUCUACGGACCAUCUGCUACUAAUGAUAAACGUGAGCUAUGGGCACUCCUGUCAAACAUAUUCCAAAAUAUCACUAUGGACAGCUGUGUGUUUGCAGGCGACUUCAAUGCUAUCUUGGCAAGUAAUGAAAAGCAGGGUGGUAUUCAGAGGAUUGGUAUGGAUCAGAAAGAUUUCCAGGAUUUUGUUGAUAAGAAUCAGUUAUUGGAUGUUGCCCUGAAGAAUGGUACCUUUACAUGGACAAAUAGGCAUACCGGUUUCACUAAAAUUGCAGAACGUCUUGACCAGUUUCUGGUGGCUGGUGAUUGGCUAGCUCAAAAUAUUAUUCUUGAAUCAACUAUUCUACCCCUUAUAGGUUCAGAUCAUUUCCCUAUUUGCCUUAAUGUGUCUCUAGGACAUUCUGAGGGUGGCCAUCCUUUCCGAUUUGAGUUGAUGUGGCUUAGAGUGCCAGAUCUACAUGAUCUGAUAGCAGCAUUGUGGAAUGAACCGGUUCUCAGAAACAAAUCAAGGUUGUUCAAGCUAAAUAAGAAACUCAAGUAUAUUAAGAUCAAAAUCAAAGAGUGGAAUUUGAGUCAGUUCCAAAACAUCCAUAUGGAGAAACUCAGGGUUACAGCAGAACUGGAGGAUCUUUCCAAUUUUGUCAUUAAGUCAGGCAUGAAUGAAGUACUCUUCCAAAGGGAAAGCUCUCUCAAGUCUAAGCUAAAUGAAAUUCUUCAGCGUGAAGAAAUUCACUAG